GACGAAUUACUGGCGUGAGAAGAGAGGAGAGAAGAGACUGCGGCUAGACGUGUCGUAGCAGGCCCGAUGCAUCCUCUUUUCACAAGACCCGUACCCAGGGCCAUUAUUCACUUAUAGAGUUCUAGCUUUCAAGGUAUAUAUUUCCCACCUCUUCCGACCUUUCCACCUUCCACCUUCCAAACUCACACUCAGUCCAACAACUAUUGCUGGCAACCAUGUUUGAGAACUUCCGGAUAUCCUCGCCUGAAUCCACUGCGGAAGACCCCCGGGCCCCCACGCUCCGACCAAUGUCGGAUUUCAUCGCCAACUCUCUGCGAGCCGUAAUUACACCUGACCCAGACGGCAUGUGCGCAGUGUGCCAAGAGCGGUUUGGGGAUAACCCGAUCAACCUCGUUCGGACGCCAUGUUCGCAUGACUUUCAUGGACGAUGUCUUCUCGGAUGGUUUGGCAGCAUAGCCGCAGCUCGUAAUCGGUGUCCAUCUUGUCGGAUGACUCUGUGCCUACACAAUGUCUUGACAGCAGAACAAGAGGCGCAGCGUCGAGCUGAUGACGAAUCCGCGGAUGCCCGGAUGGCUGCUGGUUUCCAAAGCGUCGAACGCUCUAUUGCUGCAAGCAAUAUGACAACCAGCGACUUCUCUGACGUGGCACACGAGGAUGGAGCUCCGAUCCAACUCGAUUUAUGGCUCUGGGACAUUAUUGACGAGCUUUUCGAACGGGAGAAUGCUCGUGCGGAUAGCCCAAACUACGUCGGAAUCGUGGGCGAAGUUGAAGAGGUGUACCGCUCUCGGCAUGGAGAUGAGGCAUAUGCUACGCUUGAGCGUGAACAAAGGGGUCCUCGACACCUAAAGCGAACAAUUGCAAACCGCAUCCGGAGGAAUCUUCUCUGCAAUCACGAGAACCUAACUUUCGAGAUCGAGGCGCUGCUGUACUAUUACCACGCCCUGUGCACGUCGCUGGAGGGGCGGAAUUUCGACCGAGAGGAGUGGGAAGAGGACGGUCUGCUGAGCCCAGAGCCCCUGGAAACCCCAAUCGUACAUGUACGAUCACAAUCACCACCAUCCAAUCUUGGCGUCAGGGCCCCAACGCCCUCCCCUCGUCGGGUAGAUUCACCGCCUCAUCUCUCUCGUUCACCUCCUAUGACGAUUCCGAACAUCCCAGAUGCCGGGCGGGAGGAUAGCACAGAGCGAGAGCCAUUACAGGCCGCUGAACCCCAUAUACCGUAUUCAGACGGUGCAUCCGCUCCUCAAUAUCGAGGGGGAGGUUAUUACAGCGACAACGAACUGUAUCCUUAUCUGGGGUAUACGUCUGGUGGUGAUUUUCAUGCCAGCUCGCCUCCUUACCACCCCGAAACUCCUGCUACCCCACAGGAGUCGCAAAUGGACUACGAACGGCAGGAUAGUUCGCAAGCGCCAAUCCCCACGUCCGAGCCCUCAUCCCCGGCCCGUCGUAGUCCUACCCCCCAGGAGUCGCAAAUUGACCACGAACCGACCCCGCAAGCGCCAAUCCUCACACCCGAGGCCUCCUCCGCUCAUCGUCCGACAGAAAGGCGCCGUGAAACUCAUCAAUGCCGAUUCCAAGAAAUGCGCAACUUCAUACGGCGGCGCUCUCAUAGCGUCGUCGCUGAGAUUCGAAAUGCCGGAUCUGCAAAGCGUAGAGGCCGUGACUUCAGCGUCAAGGAUCGAAAUGGGCGGGUUGUAAGCACAGUGCGGGGUGCAGACGCAUUCGUGACAAUUGGAGAUUAUAUGAUCUUCUAUCGGAAUGCGUAGGGGCUGUAGUUGGGUAGGAGUUCGGAGACUGUUUGGGAAUCGAGGAGGACGAAUAUUGGACGUUCUGCUUUGCGGGUAUGGGAAGUCGCAAUCCACGGAACGAUCGCGUAGAGGAUGACCGAAUAUGACAAUACGAAUGUAAUCGAUACUUUUAUGCUUCUGAUGGAAAAGAAUGACUUG